AGUAUAUAUAUUAGUCUAUGCAGCAAUCUCUCUAGAUCAGCUCCUAUGAUAUAUGAUCUUUCAGGCACACAUAUUGCAGAGGGCAUCCAAACAUGUACCGUUUCUACAGAACCAAAAGAUACAUUUUUGCAAGUAGCUACAGCAUCAAUCAUGAAUCCAUAUCUGAACUGAACCUGCAAGGAGGCUGCUGGCCAAUUCCUCCUCUAUUUAUACACACCCAUCUGCUCACCACUCGCAGGCCUCCACUUGCAUCCUCUCUCUCUCUCUCUCUCUCUCUCUCUGAUUCAAUUGUAGAUAGAGAGAGGAAAAAGAAGAGAGAGAGUGGUGAAAGCAGGAAAGCAAUGGCAGUGUCUGAUGAGAAGAAGAAGGAGAUGCAAGACCCAAGAACACAGGGCAUAGCAUCCACCAUUAGAGUUGUGCCCAACUUCCCUAAGCCAGGAAUAAUGUUCCAAGACAUCACGACCCUACUAGUAAACCCCAAGGUGUUCAAGGACACCAUCGACUUGUUCGUUGAACGGUACACUGGCAAAGGCAUCUCCGCUGUCGCUGGCGUUGAAGCUAGAGGAUUUAUUUUUGGUCCUCCCAUCGCGCUCGCUAUCGGUGCAAAAUUUAUCCCUCUAAGAAAACCCAACAAACUUCCAGGUGAGGUGAUGUCAGAGGAGUACGUGCUGGAGUACGGCGCCGACUGCCUGCAGAUGCACGUCGGCGCGGUGCAGCCCGGCGAGCGCGCGCUCGUCGUCGACGACCUCGUCGCCACCGGCGGCACGCUCUGCGCCGCCAUCGCCUUGUUAGAGCGUGCUGGUGCAGAAGUGGUGGAAUGUGCAUGUGUGAUUGAGCUCCCAGAACUGAAGGGUCGCGAGAGGCUCAAGGGGAAGCCGCUGUACAUACUGGUGGAGUCUCACUCCUAGCUUAAUUAGCUACUGCCACUCUAGCUGCAGAUUUUGAUCUUCUUCUUCAGUUCUUCUUCUUGGGUGUAUGUGUAGUUUUUGUGUCUCUGAUUAAUAAAUGUUCAGCACUUCUGUUUAUGGAAUUAAUGGGUCGACCUGCUGCUAAUCUUUUCUUCAGUUGAUCUGUUUCUCUUUCGGUCGCUUUAAUUAGGUUAGGUGUGUGUGGUUUGCUUCCGUUUUGUGUCACCUGGAAUUUCUUUCUGGUGUAUCCCUUGAAGCUGCACCACAAAUUGCUCUAUGACACGGAGUAGGUCAGCUCAGUUUUGGAGACUGGAGUUACGAAAAAUAAAUUUUCUCACAUCCUUUCCCCCAUGUAAACAGGGUAUCUUUUAGGUCAGAAGU